GUUAAAUCAUUUUCGAAUGUUAGGCAAAUGAAGACGUAUCCCACACAUCUGGGAGUGCAUUUGUCUCUUCUCUCCACCCCUCCCUUUCACCUCCUCAUCAUUGAUCGCUGGCAUCAUUGCUUCGUUAUGGCAAAAGUGGUGAAUAGGGAAGACGUGACAAAUCCUGAUCUCACAUCAUCUGUAAAAUUGAGUUCAUCUUUAGUUAAUAGUGUCAGGACGCGAAUUAUCAAAAUUAUUGUAAUAGGGGAUUCAAAUGUCGGCAAGACGUGUCUAACCUUCCGAUUCACUGGCGGUAGCUUUCCCGAAAAAACGGAGGCCACGAUCGGUGUGGAUUUCAGAGAGAAAGCUGUGGAGAUUGACGGUGAGAUCAUCAAGGUACAGGUAUGGGACACGGCUGGACAAGAGCGUUUCAGGAAGAGUAUGGUGGAGCACUAUUAUCGCAAUGUUCACGCAGUCGUCUUCGUCUAUGAUGUCACCAAAAUGGCCUCCUUCCAGAAUCUGAAGUUAUGGAUCCAGGAAUGCAAUGGCCACCACGUCUCACUGAAAGUUCCCCGGGUUUUGGUGGGCAACAAGUGUGAUUUGGUGAGCCAGAUUCAGGUGCCUUCCAACACAGCUCUCAAGUUUGCAGACGCUCACAACAUGCUGCUGUUUGAAACAUCGGCCAAAGACCCAAUAGAGAGCCAGAAUGUGGACUCUAUAUUUAUGUGCUUGGUUCGUCGGCUCAAAGUUCAGAAAUCCCUGAGCUACAGGGAUGCGGAGAGGGAAGAUGACAGAGUGAAGCUGUCACAGGAAACUGAAACAAAAAACAACUGCUCAUGUUGAUGUUGAUGUUUGAUCAAUACCAGAAAAUAAAAAACACAAUUUAAACCAA